AUGAGUACAACGCACUGCAGAUUCUAUGAAAACAAAUUUCCGGAAGUGGAGGAGGUUGUGAUGGUGAAUGUGUUGCAAAUCGCCGAAAUGGGUGCAUAUGUUAAGUUAUUAGAGUAUGACAAUAUUGAAGGUAUGGUGUUACUUUCUGAACUUUCUAGAAGGCGUAUUAGAUCCAUUCAGAAAUUAAUCCGUGUUGGAAGAAAUGAGGUUGCAGUCGUUUUGAGAGUUGACAAGGAGAAAGGUUACAUUGAUCUUUCGAAGAGAAGAGUUUCUGCGGAAGAUAUUGUUCAGUGUGAAGAAAGAUACAACAAAUCAAAAGCUGUGCACUCUAUUCUGAGAAGAUGUGCUGAAAAGUUUAAUAUACCGCUUGAAACCCUAUAUAAGACGAUUGCAUGGCCUCUAGCUAAGGAAUAUGGCCACGCCUUUGAUGCCUUCAGACUGUCUAUUUCAAAGCCAUCUAUUUUUGAUACAAUUACUCCACCUUCCUCAGACGUGUUGGAAGAUUUAAAAAAGAACAUUGCAAGAAGGUUGACCCCACAGGCUGUGAAAUGCAGGGCUGACAUUGAUGUUUCCUGCUUCUCAUAUGAAGGUAUUGAUGCCAUAAAAGAAGCUCUCAAAGCUGGAGAAUCUGUUCCUACUAGCGACGAUAAAAUUACAAUUAAAUUGGUUGCUGCACCACGUUAUGUUAUGACAACCCAGAGUUUGGACAAGAAGCAGGGUGUGGAGGAACUUCAGAAAUCUAUUAACAAAAUAUCCGAAAUCAUAACCAAGUAUGGCGGUGUCUGUGAUGUUGCAAUGGCUCCAAAAUCUGUGUCUGCUAGUGAGGAUGCAGAGUUGCAGGCCUUGUUGGAGAGAAAUGAAAUGGAAAGUUCUUUGGACUCAGACGACGAUGAUUAA